CUCAGCCACCUUUUCGAUUUUCGAUGGCUGCAUUCAAGACUGGAAGCACUUGGACCUUCGUUUUUGUAUUCAUAGUGAACACCAUAUGUGCACACGAUAUAUUCACCAUUUCCUUCUCUCUUGUCCCUUCACAUCGCCUUGACCUUCGUUUUUGUUUGCAUGAAUUGAGAUCUGAAAUUCAAGACCGCGAUUCUGUUCAACCAUAUAACGGGACUGAUUUAUCUAAUACCAAUACCGCAGAACUACCCAAAUGAUAUAGAUUAAUUUUCCUCAUUCUUCUUUUCAUCCGCUCUCUGAAGCGGUUCCCAAAUGCAUAUAUGUAAACGCAAAUCGGACUUCGCCUUUGCAACUCCGCGAUUUGAAGGAAAUCGAUUUCACGCCAUAAGUUUCCGUUGACCUUGCCCCGAUUGACGAUGCUGAACACGACAUCGAGUGCCGGUGCACCGCAAGACUCACAAAUUUCAAUAAUCUUGUCACGGUUGGAUCAAUCACAACAUCCAUAUGUGUAUCCAUAUGUUUCCAGGCUUCUGGUCGGCCUUGGUAUCAUCUACCUUGUCAUCAUUGGGCUGGCCCUUGUCAUCCUCGCCACUCCAUUUCUAAGAGGUUCGGCUUCGAGAAAAAAAAACAUUUGGCUCUGGCGAAAACAAUACUUAUCUUCGCGACCAACUCCUUAUUAUAUUCCGAAUGGUGGUCUCUCCAUCGUCAUAUCCCAACUGUGGUCAAGUGUACUCUUUGAGGUUUAUAUUUAUCUUUCUUAUCGGGCUCUUCAGGACCCUCAAGCGACACUCUCAACCUAUCGAUACUUUUGGCUAACUGUGUCUUACACACCUUGCUUCACUGGGUUUUGGUUUAGCGGUUUUAGUGCACUAUACAUCUGUCUACUCUCACCCGAGCGACCUACUAUCGGUGGAGUUUCAAGCCGGGGAAGCAUGUUACACCCGGCCAUCAUGAAUAGCGCAUGUGUCGGUGUCCCUGUUCUCGUCACCCUCACGGCUAUACAGUGGGGUAUCGUAUCAAUUCGGGCAACCCAUGAAAGGGUAGAAGCUUACCAAGCAGUUGUCGCUCAAGUGGCCUCGGGGCAGGACUUCUCAAACGAGAUGGCCCGAUAUACCUUGGCAAUCCAGCGAUUCGUCGCUCAGUUCAGGUGGGCUAGCCUUACGUGGUCUAUCGCAGCUUUGAUAGAAGUCAGUUUUUAUAGUUACACCAUUACUAUUUUCCUGAGACUGCUAAAAACGACUGUAGAUGUAGCCAGUGGCAAGAGAAAUCUACUGGUAGGAUGCUCGUCUGACUACAACUCAACACUUGAGGGUCCAAGCCGGAGUCCUGCUCUCACGUCAGAGCGGAUCGGAGGUACGCAAACUGUGAUACGUGCAUUAUCCGGUUCGAAAUCCUCCAAAAAUCUCAAACGAAAUUAUCGAAUGCUGCUCUUGCACUGCACUUUACUUACAGUGGUUCUGGUAUGGCAUUUAAUUGUCGGAAUCGCCUUGACUAUCAAGAUCGGGAGUGUGAUCGACAAUAUCGCCUGGCGGUCGGUAUGCAUCUGGGUGACCGUUUCGAGUUCAGUGUUGUCAUCAGUAGUUUUACUACUACAAAGCUGGAAGUUACUUUCGGAGACUUCCGAAUCUCCAACAAGAUUUAUGCCAACAAAACAGUCCGAUGUCUCUAUGCCUGAGAACAUCCUCCAGCUACAAAUGGCAGAACCUCUUCCUAUGACCCGACCGGACUCCUUUGUCAUGAUCGACCAGUGCAUCGCAUCUUGUGAAAAAUGUCCUCCUCCCCUUGUGAUGUGAGAAUGACGUUCGUCCUGCUUCAGUUACAUUAUUUUUUGAUCUAUCUUUAUCUCAUGGUGGUUGUAGACUUGCCGCGUGCAAAAAUCAGUAGUAUAUAAAUUCGAGCAAGAUAUCCUUAAGUAAAAAUGUGAUUAAAACCAUUCAAAACAUGACUUUCUCUCUUUCAUUCUCUUGGUGUACAAAAUUAUGUCUUUGAAAGUUCCUUGUGUAUUUAAGCAU